GGGAGAUGGGCUUGUAAGUCUUGAUUCCAACUUUCGCAAUCAGACUCAUCAGCUCGCUGAGAGCUCUCCUCUCUUUCUUAUGUCUUUCUUUGGAAAAUUUUUGGAAGGAGGCCUCCAAGAAACCGAGGACCUUGCGGUCUAUACCUGGGGUGAAGAGAGCUAUGACGGGCUAGGAGAUGCACUCCUUGAGGGCGGUGAUGAACUGAAUGACGAGACCUUUGGUGGGUCAGGUGCUGUCGGCAAAGAUUUCGAUUUUACGAGUCAAACUUUCCCUGCGCCCGUUGGAGCUACACGUGGUAGGUUCACUCCUACUGCAGAGCCUUUCAGAGAGCGGACACCUGUGGUUGAACGAACAGAACCUGCGUCGAAGUCCCGUGAUCGAGGGCUUUCUCCAGCUCCCAAAUCCCUUGAGUCAAUAUGGGACGACAAGUCACCGUUCUCCAUGCUUUCUCGUGCUACAGGUCAUCAGCGUGUGCCCUCCAAUUUGAUGAAGUCUCCGUUCCCGCCCUCGAGGUCACCAGCGCUCAAUGCAUACGCGGACCAUCGGCCUCUCAGUCAACAACAGCCCGUCUCUCACGGCAUCAACCAGACGGGUGUUCGCACUCUGCAGGAGAUCGAGGCUGAAAUGCGGGCUGCUCAGCAGAAGCGCAAGCAGCAAGAAGAGAUGCUUCUGCAAGUUCAGCUGCAACAAGAGUUGCAAAGAGAGGAAGAACUUCGCAGACAAGAAGAGUCACGCAGACAAGAAGAGUUCCGCGUACAAGAACUCGAACGGCAAGACCUUCAGAGGCUUCAACAGGAACAUUUGCUUGCAGACCGCAUGCGAGCUCGUUUGGAGCAAGAACAGCAACUUCGUUUGCAACAGCAAGCCCGAAUGUCCACUCCGCGAGUGGUUCCUCAUCUUGCACCUUCCCCUCGCUUCAAUCAGCAGCAUCAACACCAACAGCAAAUACUCCUCCUCCAACAAGAGCAGGAGCGUCAACAGCAGGAGCGAUUGAAGGAGCUUCAAGACCGCCUCCGUAUGGAAGAACUCGAGCGGCAGCUUCGCGCGCAGCAAAUAUCACAGUUGCAGCAGCAGCAGCCGAAUUUGCUCGCGCGCAGGCAGUCUCCUUACGCUGACACACAACGUCGCACGCAUUCUCCUGUUGUCGAUUCUCAGUACGCACUGUUCAAUCAGCAAAGCCCUCAGUAUAUGCCCCAGAGCAUCCAACUGCAACAGAGACUUUUGUCAGAGAUGGCACAAGUUGAGUUCAUGCGAGAUAUGCAGGGCAUCAGUCAGGCUGAGCAAGAAGCGUUGCGGGUUGAGGCCAUGCGUAAGAUCAUGGAAACCGAGCGGAUGGAAGAGAGGCGCCGUCGCAAGGCUGCCAAGAUCGCACACAUGUCUCGCUACAAUGAUCUGAUGACACAAUCUGAUAAGGAUUUCAUUACUCGUAUUCAGGUCUCGCAGCUCGUUACGCAGGAUCCCUAUGCCGAAGACUUCUACGCUCAGGUUUAUGGUGCCAUUCUUCGUUCACGAUUGGGACUCCAGUCGCAAGAUGAGCGUGUGAUCAAAUUUGGCUCCAGUGGCGGCGUCGGUCUCGGAUUGGCGCAAAAGGGCAGUGGCAGAAGGCAGAGUGCGAUGCAAAAGAUGGAAGCACAGGUCGAACGGAUCGUCAACAACGCACGACUCAGGGAGAAGGAAAGGGAUUGCACUGUACGUCUUGCACGAGGUCUUUCUCUUUUUCUGAUAUUCAGCGCUUCGAAAGCUUUGCACAGCCUCCAGGGCGCUCUUGGUAAAACAUCUGGUCGUAGCUACAAGGCCGCACCGCGACAGCUUCUGCAGGUCGAUGCCUCUUCAGCAACUCCCACUAUGUCUGGUACUCAUCCUCACAUAUCCAAAGAGGAUGGAAACGGUGCCGCGCAAGAGGCUGCGAAACUCGGUCGCGAGGCGCUUGGACAAGCUGCUGGAAGUGACGGCGUGGUGCGAAAGGACCCACUGACCCAACGGCAAACACUUGUUGUGUUGGAAGGGCUUUAUGAUCUGGUCCUGAAUAUCGAGCAACUGAGGCGAGAUCAGCCUCUAGAAGAGGACGAGGAGGACGAGGAAGCUUUUGUCUCAUGGUCAGCGACAUACAAUGAUCUUGUCGAGCAAAUAUGGAUGAAUUUGAAGGUCAUGUUGCCUCUUGAAACGAGUGACCCCCAUCCAUUUGUCUCCCUACUUACCCCAGUCAAAGGGAAAAAAAUUCUGCCGCGGCUCAGCCGCCACAUUACGCCACCUAGGAUGCUCACGCUUCUUACGCUUUUAGUCGCUUGCUUCUCUCAGCUUGACGUCGUCAAGCUCGCCCCUCUUCUCGACUCACUAGAGGAAACUCCCGAACGUCAGGAUGUGGAGCGACAGACGCAAGCCUUUUUGGGAAGUGUUCUACAGAGUAUUUUGCCUGUGAUUGCGAAGGCUGAGCUGAGGGUCAUCACUGGGCUGCUUGGAUUACUCUUGGAUCGCACCAACAUUGUUGUCUCUGCUCAGACUCGGCCUGGAAUCGCCAUGUUAACGUUGUUCUUGAGUCGAGUCGAGAUAAUCAAACAGGGCAUGAGUAGUGCGCAUGAAUCCUUAGAAAUACCGACUCCUGCGGAAGCUCAGCAAUGGCAAACCAUGUUUGAUCAUCUAUUCCAACUUUUGAUGCCCCAUUUCGUGCUCUUGUUUCCCUCGACUCGUCUUGUUGCCCAACCUCUCCCCGUAGCGACUCCCCUUCCUCCUACGGACAUCCUUGACCAGCCUGUUUGGCAAUUCCUCGCGGCGCUUGCACUGCACGCCUCUUCUGACCAACAAUCUAUUCUCGUCACCAGCCUCCGCGAAAAAGUACUGGAUAUUGUGACAAGUGUCAGCAAGGGCUGGGUACCAGAUGAAGAGGCGCGACAGACGAAGCUGGCUAACGUCAAUCUCUUCCUCCACGCGCUUGGGCUGGAUAGUUCGCAGAUAUCGGUGUGAUUCUGGUUGUGGUUCGGACAUCAUCAUGUAUCACUAUCAUUGCUCGCGUCGUUAGAAGGACAAAAUUACUCAUGGCUUGUCACUCAUGCAAGUAAAAUGGGCUGCUCGUUUACUUAAUUACCUUAGAUUGAAUCAAUUCUUGUCUUUGCCACUAUUACUGUAUGUUGAAAUGUCAAUUUGAGACUACGGAGCCAUCGUUAUUGUAAGAAAGAUUUUCCGACCGACAGACAACGACAAAAACUUGUGCGAGGCACCG